CACGAUAUAAACACGCGUCAACCCACUGUCGUCGUCAUUACUCGCCCGACAACAAAGAUGACAGCUGUACCAGAGGAGAGUAAACUAUCCUACAACUUCUUGGGGAAGUCUGGACUGAAGGUGGCCAACAUAUGUCUCGGCACGAUGACGUUUGGGGAUUCGGGGGCCAAGCGACCCGGUCAGGCCACGGAGGAGUACUCCCACCAGGUGCUUGACCGCUACGUCCAGUGGGGAGGCAACUUCCUCGACACCGCUGACGUCUACACACAGGGCCUGUCUGAGAAGUUCAUUGGAUCCUGGCUCACAAAACAGUCACGGGAGCAGUUCGUUGUAGCCACCAAGGUCAGAUUUAACUCAUCGAUUGGUGUUGGACUCAGUCGCCGCCAUAUUGUCAACAGCAUCCAGAGAAGUCUUGAGAGGCUUCAGACUGACUACGUGGAUCUGUACCAGAUGCACCUCUGGGAUGAUGGCACUCCUAUUGAAGAAACACUCCGCACAUUUGAUGACCUGGUUCGAUGUGGGAAGGUGCGCUACGUCGGUGCCAGCAACGUGGUGGGUUGGCAGCUACAGAAGAUAGUCUGUACAUCGGAGAAGCUUGGCCUGAACCCUUUUGUCAGCUUACAGCAACAGUACAGCCUGGUGUGUAGGGAGACGGAGUUCGAACCCCUACAGGUGUGCAAGACGGAGGGAUUAGGGGUGCUGCCUUGGAGCCCUCUCAAGGGAGGUCUUCUUUCUGGGAAAUACACACGGGAGUCUCCCCCGACGACAGGACGUCAUGGCUGGAGGAGACAAAACGACGCCGGCAGCUGGAACACUGUCCAGGAGGACAAUCAGAUCUGGGCCAUCAUGGACGCAGUGCGGGACAUCGCCAAUACGCGCGGUAAAUCCAUGGCCGAGGUGUCGCUGCGCUGGCUCCUGCAGAAGGAUGUUGUUCCAUCAGUAAUCAUCGGAGCCACAUCUCUGGAACAGCUGGAUGACAACCUUGGUGCAAGUAGUGGUUGGACCCUAUCUUCAGAGGAGAUGACACGACUGGACGAAGUGUCUCAACCCAGAGUACCGUAUCCAUAUGAAAUGAUUUGGAGAAGCAACAAGUCUCGGCGCAAUCCCUUCCAGUCAUCGUACUUCGUCUCCAACACAGACUGAUCACAACAUGAAGUGUCUUGCAUAGAGAUACCACAUACCCGUAGUGCACAUUGUCUAGUGUCAUUUUAAGGGACAUUAAACUCACGAAUUCCUUGAAAUAAAUAGUUAGUAUUGACA